AUGAAUGUUAUCAAACUCCAAAGGAAAUAUCCCCAGUUCCAGCAGUCCGAAAUAUUCUCCCUCCAGGAUGCUUUCCGACGUCUAGACGUGGAUGAUAAGGGCUACCUUGAUGAAGCGACAGCUAUCAAGGCCACCCAGCAGUCCGAAAGACAGCCAUAUGACGUUGUUCGCCAAGCGCUAAAGCAGGUCGAGCUCGACAGCUCCAGGCGUGUUGAGCUGGAGGACUACGUUGAUUUGAUAGCAAAACUUCGAGAUACUUCAUCUGCCCAAAACCAGCCUGCUGCUGGGCCAAUAUCAACUUCCGCAGCACCACCAGGCACGCCAGCGAGCCGCCACGUCUCCAGAGGUAGCGUUGGCGGGAAGAUUCAUGUACAAGGCUCAUCCGCAAAUGUCACUCAUACCAUCAAUGAAGAUGAACGGACAGAGUUCACAAGACAUAUCAACGCUGUUCUUGAUGGAGAUCCAGACAUUGGCCAUCUCCUCCCUUUCCCUACGGACACAUUCGAGAUGUUUGAUGAAUGCAAGGAUGGGCUGGUGCUCGCAAAAUUGAUCAAUGAUUCCGUUCCUGAUACUAUCGAUGAACGAGUGUUAAACCGUACAGGAAAGAAAAUAAAGCAACUAAACGCAUUUCACAUGACUGAGAACAACAAUAUCGUUAUUAAUUCCGCAAAGGGCAUUGGCUGCUCUGUAGUCAAUAUCGGUAGCGGUGAUAUAAUAGAGGUUCGAGAGCAUCUCAUAUUGGGCUUAAUCUGGCAGGUUAUUCGCAGAGGUCUUCUUGGGAAAAUCGACAUCAAACUACACCCAGAACUCUACAGGCUGCUGGAGGAGGAUGAGACCUUGGAGCAGUUUCUUCGGCUUCCACCAGAGCAAAUUCUGCUACGAUGGUUCAAUUAUCACCUGAAGAAUGCGAAAUGGGAUAGAAGAGUCAACAACUUCUCCAACGACGUGAAGGACGGAGAGAACUACACGAUUCUUCUCAAUCAGCUAGCUCCAGAUAUCUGCUCCCGUGCGCCCCUCCAAACCCACGACUUGCUCCAGCGCGCGAAUCAGGUUCUGGAUAAUGCAGACCUGCUCGAAUGUCGCAAGUUUUUGACACCUACCUCAUUGGUGGCAGGCAACCCGAAACUUAACCUUGCAUUCGUUGCGAACCUAUUCAAUACACAUCCGGGCCUAGAUCCUAUUACAGAAGAGGAAAAGCUCGAAGUCGAAGACUUCGAUGCUGAGGGUGAACGUGAAGCACGCGUUUUCACCCUUUGGCUAAAUUCCUUGGAUGUUCAACCAGCCGUCAACUCACUGUUUGAUGACCUUCGUGACGGAACAAUACUUCUCCAGGCCUAUGAUAAAGUUAUCCCUGGAAGCGUCAACUGGAAACAUGUCAACAAGCCUUCAGCUUCCGGUGGCGAACUCAUGCGUUUCAAGGCUGUGGAAAAUACAAACUACGUCAUUGAGCUUGGAAAGCAAAACCAUUUUUCGCUUGUUGGUAUCCAGGGAGCCGAUAUUACCGAUGGGCAGCGAACUCUGACCCUCGGGCUCGUAUGGCAGCUAAUGCGUAAGGAUAUCACCAACACUCUGUCUUCGCUUGCCCGGAAGAUGGGCAAGCGCGAAAUAACUGAUAAUGAGAUGAUUAAAUGGGCGAAUGAAAUGUCGCACAGUGGUGGGAAGAGCUCAACCAUACGCAGUUUCAAGGACCAGUCUAUAGGGUCUGGUAUUUUCCUCCUUGACGUUCUUAAUGGAAUGAAGAGCAGCUAUGUGGAUUACGACCUGGUUACCCCUGGACGCACGGAUGAGGAUGCCUAUGCAAACGCGAAGUUGAGCAUCAGCAUUGCACGAAAGAUGGGCGCGACUAUCUGGCUCGUCCCUGAAGAUAUAUGUCAAGUUCGCUCGCGGCUUGUUACUACUUUUAUUGGUUCUCUGAUGGCUACGUAUGAGAAGAUGUAG